CCAUGUAAAGAAAAAGGAUUUAAGCAUGUUCACACACAUACUUUCUCUUUUUUUUUUCUUUUUAUAUAUAUAUAUUUAUCAUGCCAAAGAAGAAUACACCUAAUAAAGACAUGACUCAAAAGGUCGAUAAGAAUAGACCCAAGACAAAACAAGAAAAAAAGGAUGAAAAGAAGAAACAUAAGCAAACGAAAAACGAAAAAGCUCAAAUGGCAAAGAAAGGGUUCGAUUACUAAGUUUAUGCAAAUCAAUAAAGAAAUAUUAUCUUGUAACACAAGGUGUGUUUAAUAAUGAUUAAAGAAAAAUAGGCUGUAGUACACAGUCGAGCCAUAGUAACACAAAAAUGAAUCUAUAUAAAUUACUGUUUCAUUAUUAUAACACAUUUCUCUCUUUUCUAUAUUAUGACAAUACCUUUUCAAGAUUCACCUUCACUUAUACUUCCCCGAGGAACAGACCCUACAUUGCAUGGCUUGAAUGAAAAUCAUGACCAAGAACACGUACCUACCAAUACGAGUAAUUACGACCUUUCUUACUACUUUCAGCAACAGCAACAAUCACCCACUUUUCAACAAGAGGAAUUACCCAAGGGGUUCUAUAGACGCACUCGAUCUUUAUCUAUAGGAAGUACUAUAUCUACCAGUCAACAACAAUAUGCACCUCCACCUAGUGAUGAUACCAAAAACUUGCGCUAUAAACUCAAGACAGACAAAAGCAAUCAAAAAGCCCAUCAAUUUUUUGGUGAACAAGUCAAAUUAGAAAUAUCUGCUCGAGAGAUCAAACGAGAAGGACUCAGAGCACUCUUGUUAUCCACUGUACCUUUAGGCUACUUUUUAUAUCAUUUGCUGAAUGAAUACAGCAGUGAGAAUUUAUUCUUUUAUUUAGCAGUAGAAAACUAUCAGAAUUACGAAUUCUCGAGUCAUUCAGAACGCCUUCAUGUGGCUAACAAGAUUGCUAAAGCAUACUUGACCAGGAAUUCGGAGCUAGAAAUCAAUUUAGAAGAUAAGAUUUAUCGUACAGUGAUAAAAUCCUUAGAGCAGUUACAACAUCAAGAAUCAAUAGCUGGCAUCGAAUUUGAUGCGGCGAAAAAGCAUGUCUUUUCUUUACUAAACGCAAGCUACUAUCGAUUUCGGACAACGAACAUAUGGAAUAUUAUGGAAUCCAAGUGCAGCGAUAUGAAUGCAUUUAAUAGAGAAAGAUCUCAAGCAUUAGUGAUCAAUUUGUUAUUAUCACACAUGAGAUGCAAGAACCGGGAUUCAACCACGUAUAAAUUAGUGCAUUCGUUCUGUCGUAUUUAUUUGCCUUAUGGCUAUCAACUUCAAUUGAGCGGUAAUAGAAUAGACACCUCCCCCAUGAAUUGUAGAAAAGCAGCAGGAGGAAAUGAAACAAAAAAAGGGAAUGGUUUCAUCAAAUUUGAUCUUUUUAGACUGUCUAGAAAAUAAAUAGUUUUGUAUUCCCUUGUCAAUUCCAAGGUAAACCAAGCGUUUCUUAAAAAUAGGGUGAUUCCUUGUCAAACAUUUUUAUGCAUUUGUUUGAAACAAGGCAGAGCGAGUUGCCUGAUUUGGUAAGAUGUUCUUUACAUGAAUGAGUAAUUCGCUGCUUAGUCAGGUUGCUGCAAUGAUUGCAUUAUCAUGUAGUACGAUCACUUUUUGACAAAGGGUUAAUUCAUUCCAAACCAAGGCAAUGUACUUACAGCCAACCAAUAUAUCUUUUUUAAAACACAACUAC